AUGGACGCAGUGGACGACCCGAUGAGCGCUUCGGCGCCCGAGGUGGCCGCGAACGCAACGACGCAGCCAGCGGCCGACGCAUCGGAGCCGACGGAGGCCGCGCAGACGGAGGCGCCGCUCCCGUUUCCGCAGGAGCAUCUCACGACGUGCUUGGAGGUCUUGUCGGUCUUGGCCAAGGACCUCGAGGUCAUUGAGCAGCCGGCGAUGCGCAACUUCCGCAAGACCAUCGCGCCUGUCUCGGACUACAUGGAGAGCCGCAAGUUCAAGGGCAAGGGGCGCAAGAAGUACCUCGAGGACAAGGAGCUGCGUCGCGAGAAGGAGGCGCGCCAGGUGAAGCGCAAGAUGAACGACAACAAGUACAUCAACAGCGCGACGCUUCGCCGUGCGCGUGUCGAGAAGCUCCAGAGUCUCCUCGAGCAAGGCAAGGACGAAGCCAUGCUGCCGAUGAUCGCCGACGGCGCGGUCGAGGAGGCCCCCGCGCUGCUCGAGAACGGACCCAAGGCGCCGAUCGCAGAGCUCGAGAAGCAGCGCUCGUGCUACACGUGCAAGGUCCGCUACGAACAACUGCAUCACUUUUACGACCAGCUCUGCCCCAAGUGCGCGGAGCUCAACUAUACCAAGCGCAUGCAGUCGGCCGACCUGCGUGGUCGCGUCGCGCUCGUCACGGGUGCGCGCGUCAAGAUCGGGUUCCAAGCCGCGCUCAAGCUGCUGCUCUCGGGCGCGACGGUCAUUGCGACGAGCCGCUUCCCGCACGACACGGCCGAGCGGUACGCGGCGCACCCCGAGUUUGCGACGUUCCAGGACCGGCUGCAUGUCUACGGCAUUGACUUUCGGGAUAUGGUGCACCUCGAGCAGUUUCUCGACUAUGUCAACACCAAGUACGCUCGCCUCGACAUGGUCGUCCACAACGCGUGUCAGACGAUCCGCCGCCCGCCGUCGUACUACAGCCACAUGAUGCCCAAGGAGACGACGCCGGUCGCGUCCCUCCCGCCGAGCGUGCAGCCGAUCUUGAAGCAGCAAAGCGACUUCCACGCCGAGCUUCUUCGGACUGCAGCGCCCGGCUCGCUCCUCACGGCCGACGGUGGCGGUGCCGUCCCGCCCGUGCUCGCCAACCUGAGCGCGGUCAAGACGCAGAUCCCAAUGCUCCUUGAAGACGGCGCCAACAGCAGCGAGCACUUUCCCGUGGGCAUGAAGGACGUGAACGGCCAGCAACUCGACUUGCGCACGACCAACUCGUGGGUGCUCAAGAUGGGCCAAGUCUCGACGCCCGAAGUCGCCGAGGUGUUUGCGAUCAACACGCUCGCGCCGUUCAUUAUGAACAGCCGCCUCCGCGCGCUCAUGGAAGCCACGCCCGCGACAGACAAGUUUAUCAUCAACGUCUCGGCGAUGGAGGGCAAGUUUUACCGCUACAAGACGCCCAACCACCCGCACACCAACAUGGCGAAAGCGGCGCUCAACAUGAUGACGCGCACGUGCGCCGAAGAGCUCAGCAAGCACGGCAUCUACAUGAACUCGGUCGACACGGGCUGGAUCAACGACGAGAACCCGCUAGAGAAGGCGCACAAGUACGCGCAGACAGCCAACUUUCAAACGCCGAUCGACGAAGUGGAUGCAGCGGCGCGCGUGCUGGACCCGAUCUUCAUUGGCGUCAACGAGCACAAGUACCCGUUUGGGCUCUUCUUCAAGGACUACGCCGAGACCGAGUGGUAA